AUGGACCCUCUCUCCAUCGCGGCAAGCGUCACUGGUAUCUUGGCAUUUGCCGCAUCUACAGCGCGCGGCUUGCACUCGCUAGUCAUGGAGAUACGCGAUGCGCCCGAGGAUAUUUCGGCCGUCGGACGCGAUGUGCAGUCUCUCGUAGCGGUCCUGGCGUCGGCGCAGGAGACGUGCACGAAGUACGAUAUUUGUCGCGAAGACAAAGCACUCGCCGUCGCGUUGGGAGACUACCUCGACAUGUGCCAGGAAGCUAUGCAGGGAAUGCACAUCUUGCUCAAGCCGCUGGCGUCAACGGGCGGGGGAGGAAAAAGAAGUCCCCUGAGAUUCGCACUCGGGUGGACGAUGCGGAAGAGUGAGAUCCGAGGUCUGAGAGCAAGACUGAACGAGGGCAAGGCAAGUUUGAAUCUGACAUUGUCGGCAUUGAACGGCCUGCUGGAAGGCAAAGGGCAAGACGACAUCAGGGCGGAUAUCAAGGACGCCUACGUCAAGAUCAUGAAUGAAUUUCGAAAUUUCGAAGCUGGGAAAAGGGUCAAACGGCGUAUCGAAGACGAUGUCGCAAGCGCUUCAACGGAGCGCGGCCGACGAGCGUCACUGUCUGAGGUCACCGACCCCGAAUUCUCCAUGAGGCGCUUUCUCCAGCCAGCAACGGAUGACAGGCUCGUGGCAGGUGGUAUCAAUGCCACAAUGAGCGAGAGCCAUGAUACGGCAAAUACGGCAGCGCUCUUGAGUCCUUGGGCCAGUGAUCCCAACGCCAUACUCGAGGCAGGCUACACGGUUCUGCAUUAUUGCGCUAUCGCCGACGACUCAGAAACUGCAAACCUGCUGAUUGAACACGGAGCCGACAUCAACGCUAAGGACUACGAGCUGCGAAGUCCUCUUCGCCUGGCCUUAGCUUCAGAAGCUUUGAGCGUGGCCCGUCUCUUGUCUGAAAAGGGAUGCGUUAUCGGAGACUCAUCCACGGCACUGCUACGACUUACAGGACGUUCUGAAGAGGUCCCUGGCGCCAUUUCUGAGGUUGACAAAUUUUCGAUAAAGAUACUUCUCGACGAGGGGUUCAGCAUCAGCAAGCCUGAUCAUCGAGACGCGAUAGCCGACCUGCGAUGCGCAUCCUUGUAG